AUGGGUUGCUUGGCAGGGUGGCGAACGUGCUCAAGGAAAUACACUGCCAUGUUUCCAUGUGCCAGAGAGCAGAGGCAGUACAAUACGAGCAGCAACACUUCCGACCGGGUACAACUACGGGACACUUUCUAUGGAGAAUUUAGACACUACAAUAAGCAGUCAGUACUCAGACCAUUCUUUGGCUGGUACAAUUGGUGGAAUGCGAACUGUAGGAGAAAUGCGCCACACCUUACGCUCGUCGCUUCCUGA